AUGGCAGUUAGAGGCAAGUUGAAAGAUAGGGAAAUGCAGCUUGUACUUGAAAUUGCAGCUCCUCUUUCAAUUGAAGAAGUGCAAGCUGAGCAACUGAAGGCUGGGGAAAUUAAAAUAAAAAUGGUAUCUUCAGGGAUCUGUGGCUCUGAUGAACAGGUUCUGAAAGGACAACUCCAAAUGAAAUUUUCUUUAAUGUCAGGCCAUGAAGGAGCAGAAGUUAUGGAGUCUAUUGGUGAUGGAGUGAGCUCGGUGAAAUUAGGUAGGAAGUGGAUAAAAGUCCUUACACUUACCAUCUCACAGUGUAGAGUGCAAUUACCUGAAGGAAACUUCUGUGAGAAACAAGACGUUCUUCCUUGCUCUGGGUUGAUUCUGGAUGGGACCUCUAGAUUCACCUGCAAAGGACAGAAGAUCUAUCAUUCUCUCCAUACAAGCACCUUCACUGAGCACUGUGCUGUGCUUGAGAUCGUGGUGGUGAAAACUGAUGACAAUGCUUCUAUAGACUAAGUCUGUCUCAUCAGCUGCAGAGUUCUUACAUGCUAUGGGGAUGCUGUUAACUCAGUCACCCUGAAUUCCACCUGUGUGGAGUUUGGACUUGGAGGUGUUGGCUUAGCUGUUGUCAUAGGCUGCAAAGCCUCUGGCACUUUGAGGUUCUUUGGGGUUGACAUCAAUGAGAAGUCUCCCCAGGCCAGAAGCUUAGGAGUUACUGAGUGUCUCAGCCUGAAGAAACUCAAGAAGCCUGUCCGUGAGGUGGUUAUGGAGAAGACUGGUGUUGAUGUUGACUUUUCCUUUGAAGUCAUCAGACACACAAACACCAUGGGGGCUGCCAGGGACUCCUGCCACAACAGCUCUGGUGUUUGUCUGAUAUCAGGCUCCAGCAUAUUCCCAGCUUUCCCAACAAAGAUUAUCAGUGGAAAAACACCGAAGGGUGUGUGCUUAGGAGACUAUAAAACCAGAGAGUGGAUUCCCAUAAUAGUGACUUAUUACCUCAAAACUAAGAUCAAUACAGACCCACUAGUAACUCAUGAGCUUCCUUUUGACCUGCAGUUGUGCCAUGCUGGAUAA